CUUCAUACUCUCCUUUCCCCCUUAACACGUCUGGUUCUAUAGGUUCAUAAUCAACGCUUCGGAUUAUAUUCUAUUCUAAACGAAAGACGAAUAGCUAAGGCCGAUGAUGCCAGAUGAUGUUCCGGUGCAAUCUCCACCGCCAUCUACCUCCCGAGUCGGCCGCGCCUGUGAAAGAUGCCGCCGGCAAAAGUUGAAGUGUGAUGAUUCGCGACCAUGUAUCAUGUGUGUCCGCUCGGGCAUGGUCUGCAAGAACCAAGCUGGUCCAACUCCAAGACGAAGCAGAAAAGGCCCAGCACGGCGUGCACGCACAUUUGCCAGCAAUGACGUCCGAAGCCAGAGCACGCCGACUGAGACUCGACCUCGUUGUCGGGCUGGCAUCAACAGCUCAGCUGUGGGCUUCGCUGUCAAUAUUUUCGGAGAACAUGCAGCUUCUCAUGCGGACGAUAUCUCCAGCAUCCCAGGCCAUCCGCUACAUUCCACCGGAAGUGUAUCAGAAUGGUCCUUGAAGGGGAUGCGGAUGCCUCCAGCUCCACUGAUGCUAGAGCUUCUCGAUGCGUACUUUGAACGUGUACAUUGGUUCAUAUGUCUCUUCUACCGGCCACGUUUCAUGGACUCGGUCCGUCCAUUGCUGGAUUCUGCGGUCUGGAAGGUAGAUGAUCGUGGACCAGUCGUGACAGCUCUGUUGUUAGCAGCCUUAGGUUUGCAAUGUGCAGCCCAGGACCCGAACUGGAGUGGACAUGAUACACUGGCUUCAUCUUCAUUGCAAGCUCAUGCUUUAAAAGAUGACUUGCUUGCAGAAGUGCGCCUUCACUUGAUGGAUCUGCUGGAUGACUGCCGCAUUGAGUCAGUCCAGAUCUGUAUCCUGCUAGGAACAUUCUACAUCUAUCACGGAUCUCCCAGCCUGGCCUGGAACAUACUUGGCCUUUCUGUUCGCACCGCAUACGCAUUAUCACUGCACACCGACGACCAUGACCUGACGUUCGACCCGAUUACGGCCGAAAUCCGUCACCGGACAUGGAACCAUGUAACUAUAGCAGACACUUUUGCAGCCAUGAUCUUCGGCCGACCAUUAUCCCUAGAUCCUGCUUUCUGCGGCCUACACCAAGUCACUCAACUUGAGGACAAUGAGUUGUUACCAACUACCUGCAAUGACGCUCUGCAAGACCCUAACGUGAACGGAUUAUCAUUUUUCGUGUUCAGGUAUCGACUAUAUGAGAUCAUACGAUCGUACCUCUACCAAUUCCGCGGUCUCAAUUUACAGAACCCAGUCUCCGUCGAUGCCAUGUUCCGUCUCGUAGAAACAAUCGAAAACGCACGCACGUCGCUCGAAGCUUUGAAAGCCGAAGUACCACCUGCACUGCUCCGACGGGCUUGGACAGAUGAUGACCCCAUGAUAAAUAACAGGUCAUCAUCAUCAUCAUCAUCAUCAUCAUCGCAGCAUCAACGCCCGAUAGACAACUUGUCAUUACAAGGCCACAUGCUACAACUAACAUACGAUAGUGUUGUCAUGUUCAUCCACAGACCACUCCUCGAAUAUCAUGUGGCACCAGAGCUUCGAUCGGGGAUCGCCAGUCUCAUGCCCAAGAUCCGAGCAACGAUAAACCGGGCUUUCGAGGCGGCUCUUCGCAUCUCCAAAGUACCAGCUACCCCAUUCGAGUCCCAAUUCUGUAUCUCCUUCCUCUUGAUGCAUUUCUUCUCAGCAGGAGUGAUCCUAUGUCUUCCACCUACCCUCUGGCCAUUCAGCGCCAAGGCGACUGAAUCAAAAGCAGGAACUCUGCGGAUAAUCCGCGCAGCUCGCAAGCUCCGCUUCAAAAGCCAAAUAGCAAAACACACAGAAGAACUACUUACGAAACUAGUCAGACUAUGUCUCCAACAAGAACUCGAGAACGCAUUAAAAGACGACGGUUCCCCUAAGAUGGCAGGAGCAAGUAGUCAUCUACAAUGUGUCCAUGAUGGUGACUCGGCUCCUUCUGCUCCGCAGCACCAGACUACUACUACUCAAGAUGAGACUACUACUGCGGAGCAGCAGUUUUUCUCAUCGAACGAGUAUAAUAGCAAUUUCGUCACGGGAUCUAUACCCGUUGAAACGGACCAGGGGUUUUCAUUCAAUCCAUUCUGGAAUGGUCAAUACCAUCAAAUCGACGAUCAGUUGGAUGAAGCUUUGGGGAAUUUCGGGCAAAUACUCUUUAACCUUGUUCCUAAUGAUCCGUACAGUGUUUGGAAUUGGGGAAGUGGGAAUUGGGGAGGAAGUGGGCUGAGGUAGUUGGAUCGGGGAGGGGGGAGAUAGAAAUAAAUCGUACAUCACAGGCGAG